UCCGGGGUAGAGGAAAGAAAGAAAAAAGUAGAAGAUUAGAUUUUUUAGAUGUUGGAAUAGGAUAUAUUUAAUAAGAAAGAUGAGAGCCAGAUAAAGAAGAUACUACGGAAAUUUCUUAGAGAAGUAAGAAGGAGAUGAUGAAAAUGAUGGGGAGUAUGAGUGAGAAGUACGAUAAAUAAGCUGGUUGAGAAAAGAAAAGAGAGAAAAUGAUGGGCCGUUGAUAAGCUAAAGCAGUCAUUCUCGUAGAGCACUUCUGUCUGUCGGUACAUCUCGGUAACUAUCUUGGCUUCAAGCUAUUAAUGCUUCUUUCUCUUUUCCAUAUUUACAAGAAACUGUAUACAGAGAUUUCGAGCUCUGUCAGCGAUCAGGUAGCGAGGUGAAGACAUCCUCUGUUCACAGUACACGCGACCCUCGAUGAUGUUUGAGCUCAUCAAAUAUUCGGUCAAGUUCUUACCACCCGCCAAAACUUACAGAUGACUACACGAUUAUGGGAUAGUGUCUAGUCAUUUAUUAUCUUAAUGAUAUAUAUCCUUGACAAUAAUUAGCAAACUGCUAAUAAUUAAGUGUCUUUAGUUAAGUGUCGUAUUUUGUGAAUUAUUAUUUUAUUUAACUAUAAAUAAAUUCAAUAAUUUAGUGAGAAAAAUAAUUAAGUGUUACAUGAUUUUAAAAGACUAUCUCUAACAAUGGAGUUGCACCAACAACAUAAUGAAAGACACAAUAUCACUGCUGAUUGUUGCUAUCAAUGGCCAACCCAUCAUACACAUCAUCAUCAAUUGCACCAUCAUCAUCAGCCACAGCAGCAGGUACCUUCACCAAUGCAACAAAUAGAAGCAUGUUUGGAAACCGCUGGAAGAGCAAAACGUUCACGAUCACCAAAAACUCCUCUUUCUUCUCAAAUUACCGCAGCAAUAUCUUUAACGUCUUCAUUAACGGAAUCAUGCAAUGAUAGUAAUAAUAAUAAUCGUAGCAGUAACGAUUCAUUAGGAUCAUCGUCUUCUCCCGAAAACAAUAAUUCUAAAAGACCUCUUCAUCAUGCUCUUGUUGGCGUUGGAGCCGCACUUGAGGCCCGACCUCUUUGGGAAGAAUUUCAUCACUUGGGCACGGAAAUGAUUGUAACAAAAGCUGGAAGAAGAAUGUUUCCUACUUUUCAAUGUCGGCUUUAUGGGCUAGAGCCCAAUAUCGAUUACCUUUUAGUUAUGGAUUUUGUGCCAUGUGAUGAUAAGAGGUAUAGAUAUGCUUUCCACAGUAGUGCAUGGGUAGUUGCUGGCCGUGCAGAUCCAAUUUCACCUCCAAGAAUUCAUGUUCAUCCUGACAGUCCUGCUAAUGGAUCACAUUGGAUGAAACAACCAGUCACAUUUGAUAAACUUAAACUUACCAAUAAUCAAUUGGAUGAUAACGGACAUAUCAUAUUAAAUUCAAUGCACAGAUAUCAACCGAGAUGCCACGUAGUUGUAGCACCUUCACCACCUGGUUCAGGUCCAGAUCCUCGUACUGAAAAUUUCAAAAGUUUUUCUUUUCCUGAAACCCGUUUCACCGCUGUAACAGCAUAUCAAAAUCAUCGGAUUACGCAAUUAAAAAUAGCUAGUAAUCCAUUUGCAAAAGGAUUUCGGGAUUGUGAAUCUGAUGAAUGUGAUUCACCAAAUUCUGUAUCACACAAUCCUGCGAAGAGAGCAGCCACUGGUAGUGUAGCGAUUUCGCCUUCAACUUUUUCAUCACCUAUUCCAGUAGUACCUAUCACAGCAGCUACGGCAAGUCCGGAACAUCAUCAUCAAUUUUAUGCAAAUACUCCUUCACAUUGGACUUAUCCGGGACAUCAUCAAACUAGUCACGUUAGUACUGGACAUUAUGUGUCUCAUCAUUCAUCCGGAUCUUCACUUUAUGGCCCACGGUAGUGACAAUUUUCAUUAUAAAUAAAUUAUAAAUUAAAUCAAAAGAUAUAAAAUUAUAAAUAAUUAUUUAAAAAUCAAUUCGAUCUACAUCUUGUGUAUUAAUGCCAAAUAAUAAUGAUGCCAAAGUAAAUUUAGUAGUUAUAAUUGCAUAAGCUUUUGCUUUUAUUAGUUUCUGCUAGUUAUUAUCAUAAAGUUUUCCUUUGAACUGCGUCAUUAAUGGCGACAUAUUUUGUCUGUUAUAAUUAUAAAUAUCUUCACUGUUUAUUUACAAAGAUAAUUUUAAAAAUAUAGUAAACCUAAAUGCGCCUUUUAAUAUUUAAUAUUAUUAGUUGUCCUUUUAGAUAUAAAAAUGAGGUAUUAUAUACAUAUUAGUGAUUGAUGAUUGUUAUAGACUUGUCUAUUUAGCAUACUAUCAAUCCAUUUCAAAGAAUAAAUAAUUGGCGACAUACUAUUUUAUUUGAAUUAAAGAUUUAAGAAUUUAUGGUCACGGUGUUUGCGAGUAUAACCAAAUGUAAAACAAAGUGCCUUUUGUAGGAGCAAAGUGCGUCUAUUUAUACGGGGUGGCUCAAAUGCCAAACGAGCCAAAACUCGCCUCGGGCCAAGUAAAGACGGGAACGUAAACGUGCCGUGACAAGCCCCUUUAGCAACCGUUAAGUGCCUUAAUAAAUUAUGUAUGUGAAAUCACGUUAUUAUAUAUACGACACGAAACUCAAGACACUUUACACUAUCAGAUAAUUAAUUAAUUAAAAACUAAUUUUGUUAUGAAUAUA